UGACACUGACUGGCAUUCUAUUCUCCGAGUCAAGCGCAGUCCAGCGGCAUUGUACAGAUAAAAGCACGACAUCCACACCACCUCACAUUCCCUCCCAAACCUCAGCUCACAAGAAAGAAAAAAAAGGAUGAGCCGCAACUUCGUCCCCGUAGCCCUAUCCAUCGGCGCCGGCGUCCUCGGCGGGUACUACGUCUGGCAACCGUAUUUCAAGGAGAUGCAGCAGCGCCAACAACACCAGCUCCAGCAGUCGUUGAAUCCGACAUCUACCGAGUCGGCGCCGCAGUCGCAAGUUCCGACAUCGACACCGACACCGACACCGACACCUCAGGAGGCGGUUCCUCCCUCUGCGACAGGAGAUUCGGGGUCGGGGAAGACAGCGGGGCAGUGA